UGGCCCCAACCAGGACUGGGGAUCAAACCUGCGACCCAGGUCAGUUGUAAAGUUACUCAUUAUAAAAUAAAUGGUGUUGGGACACAGGCAAACAGCCAACUACCAGCAGGAUUGUUUCCUGAAUCAAGAGGCACGGAGGACAUGAGUGUUGGAAUCAAUGGCUGGGAAAUUCUGAAACUGCUGAUGCUGACAGAUCAUGAGCCUCUGCUGACACAGUUUUGUGAGACGGCGCAUCCGGACCCUGCUGCUUGGUUUCAUCUUUGGAGACUCAUCUGGAUUUCUACAGAACACCCCCUGGCCGUCCGCGGCCUCCAGGACUUGGCUCGCAUCGCCAUCCGGGGCCCCAUGAAGAAGGUCAUUCACCAGGAAGCAGUGAGCAGAACUGGGACGGACUGAAGACCACUCCCAGGUUCAAGUGGAGGAGA